AUGGGAGUCCAACUAGAGCCCCUCAACCAGGGCUUGAGCGAGUACGGCCCGUGGCACUUUCACGACAUCCGCUUUCAGCAGGACCAGCGCGCCGAGCUCGAGGCUGCCCUGCUGCAGACUGCCUCCAUUCCCGGCCUGAACGACACACUGCGCGAGAUCUCGAGGGCCGGUCGGCGGGAAGCUUCCUCGGGCUCGACGCAUCGCGAUGCUAUCAUCCCCGAGGUGGUCCUGUCGGUGUCCAAAACCGCGUCACGACCGCCAUCGCCAGGGCCUUCAACAGGCCACAUUUCACCACCUGCUGAGACAUGGCCUUCAACGCCCCCGACGACACCCACGACGCCCGUGAAGAGCUAUUUGCCUGUUUUACCGGACGCCCCGAACCCAUACUGGACUUUCCGGCAUCUGUCUGUGCCCGAGGGUCCGAUUCUUACUUUUCCACUGGAGAGGGCUUGUGAGCCUGUCAUCCGGCCGAGUCUGAAACGGCGUCGGCCAGACACCGACGUCGACGGCCCUAACACGGCCUCGCUGAGCUGCAAGAAGCGCCGGCUGCUCCGUAACCUGGUCACGUCACGUCUCUCGCAGCCCUUCUCCCUGCCGGCUACGCAUAUCGUCAAUCGCGAAUCGGCAGCAACCGGCGACAAGCGCUUCGCCAAACUGGCGGCCAUGAUGGCUGCCCGGCGGAUGGUUACUACCACACUGGGCCAGCAGCAGCAGAUGCAGCAGCCGAGCCCGUCUACCUGGCUUAGACGGGCUGCUGUGCUAAACCGUUUGCGCCAGAGGGUCUGCGCCGAGGCUGCCGAGCGAGGAGGCAUCCUGGCGACUGCUGACCUAGCUGCCAAGGCAGCUGCUUUCCGGCAGCAGGGCCAGGCGACAGCGACGAUUGUGGGCGGUCGGUAUCUCGUCCAAGACGCUACGCCCAAUCGUCUGGCACCGGGGUCUGCCGUCAGACCAGCCACAGGUUUGCCCCAGCCAACGGCGAUCCCCGUGGUUGUCAGCCCUGUGCCUUGCUCAAACGCUCGACCGAUUCAUCCCUUGACAACAAAUCCCUCACCCUCUUCGUCAGCACAAAUCUCAAAACAAACGCCACCGCCACCCCCAACCGGACCAACCGCCCGCCUGCGCAUCCCCAGCCCGCAGCUUAGGCCGUUGCGAUCCCCUGAGCUUCGCGUUACAAGGCCGUUGGUGCCGCUUGAGCUGGAGGAUUUAUCCAAGCUCGACGAAGGCUCAGUACAAAUACCGGCAUGCCCGCCAUCCGACGAUACAGAUGAUGAUGGCGUUGCAUUCCCAACUUCAGAGCACGAGAGUCGGUAUAUGCAUGAUGAUGAAGAGGAGGUGGGAGUGUAUGCCGACUUUAGUGUUAUAUUUGGGGGAGGGGGAAAUGAUAUCGAGGAAGAGGAAGGGGAGGGAGGUGAUGGCGAGCAUGUGGAGGAUUAUAUGGAUGAUUUGGAUGGGAUUCCUUGGUGUGCAAGGUGUUGA